AUGGAUUCCAUUAACACCGCCUUAUCACUUAUGACAAAGGAAUGUUGGCUCGCAUCCCUCGAUCUCAAGGAUGCGUAUUAUACUGUUGGUAUACAUAAGGACUAUCAAAAGUUCUUAAAAUUCCUUUAUAAAGGAAAACUUUUCAAAUAUACUGUUUAUCCAAAUGGUUUAUCAACAUGUCCACGAAACUUUACAAAACUACUUAAACCAGUCUUAUGUACCUUACGAAAAAAUGGUCAUAUACUUGUAAUAUUUAUUGAUGAUAUUUUGAUCAUAUCCACCUCAUAUGAGGGCUGUAUUACAUCAAUUAUUGAGGCUGUCAAUCUCCUCACUAACUUAGGCUUUGUCCUUCAUGUUGAGAAGUCAAUGUUUUUCCCUCAACAGAAGAUUGUGUUUUUGGGUUUUGAGCUCAAUUCCGCAACCAUGAAAAUUAAGCUAACUAAUGAGAAAAUCACAAAAAUAAUGUCUCGUAUUUCAUGUAUACUAAAUUCAGACAG